CGUCUCUUGAGUCUACGGCUCAGGUGGGCAGUUGUAGUAUGACCGUGAGAAAACAACUAAUUUAUCACUCGCUACAAGUAUCUGGAAAUUCAUCUAAUCAGGAAUUGGUUAUUUGAACUUCAACAAGUGCACAGGUCAUAUCUUUAACUUUCUUUAUUGAGAAGAGGAGAUGGCCAAAGGGAAAGGAAAGAUAAGCAGCAGCGAUGGCGUAGCUCCAACCCAGCCUCGGUCCCUCAGGUCAAGGAAGAGGGAAUGUCCAAGUGAUGAAGUUUCCCAGACCGACAGUGAUCAGGCUACUCUCCAUCAACAGGACAGGGAAGAAAAUAAUACAACAAUGGUUGGCACACCACUACAGCAUUCCCAGUCCCCUCUGCAGGACGGUGCUCUUAUUACAAAUCAACAGGAUCAGGCAGUCGGACCACCCUGUCUCACCAAACAAGAUGAUUUCAAAGAAGAAAGACAUGCAGAAGAAACAAAUGUGUAUGUAACAAAUGUGAUAGUUAACGCUUUUGAAGGGCAAGAAGAAACCACUGUCACCAGACCCAAUAAUGAUUCUGAGUUGGAGUGCUUUAGAGUACAUAAUGAUAAUGUCACCAACAAGAGUGGGAUGGAGGAAAUAACUCCACAGGAAGGUAUUGGAUCACCAUCUCAAACAUGCACUGAUCAACUCCUGGUCUUCUUGCCAACCUCUGAAGAGGGUGAUGGAUCGUGUGCACCUGCUUUGGUGGAGCAACUAGAUGCAAAGGAUAACUCUCAGUGUAAUUUGGAGAGAAACCAUGAAACCAGCCAGGAAGACACGUCCAACACAUGCAUGGCUGAUGUCAAGGAAAUCACAAAGGAGGCAGAAGCGGGCUUACCGGCCAAAAAAAAGCGAAGGAUGGGCAUGUGUGGUCUGACAGAGAGGGAGCGGAGUCAUUUUUUGCAGACACAAAAGCCUGAAAAAGGGCAGAACAGAAUGGAGAGAGUUGAGAAGCAAAUUUAUAAUAGUAACACAGCUGACCUUGCAGCUCAGGAAGAGAUUAUAUCUUCACUCCUCUGUCCAUCCUCACCUCUAUCCAUCCCAGCAGACCGUAUCACUGAGCAGAGGAAAGCAGAGAUAAAACUUCAGUCCAAUAUCUGUGGAGGGGAUGACAGGGCAGAAACUGAAGUCCACAUCGCUGUCACAACCUCAGACAGUACCGGUACCGUGUGUGAUCCAGGCUGCUCAGAGGGAAAGAGCUGUGAGGCUGAAGGAGGCACAGAGGCUGGUCCAGAACAAACUAGUGAGCCAAAGUCAGAUCAACCCGCACAGGAUGAAGUGGAGGAGCAUUUGGGGAAUCGGGAGCAACAACGGGAACUCGCGGGAAGUACAAGUGAGAUUACGACUCAAACACCUGAGACACAACAAACAAGGAAAGAAGGAGAAGAUCGGUCGACAGAAGUAGACUGUAGUCCUGCUGUCGGUUUAUACACUAACCCAACUCAAAGUGAGGAAUCUGAGAAGAAGGAUGACAGUGAGGCUUCCUCUCUGCAUGUGCAUACAGGGACCAAAACAAGAUCUGAGGGGAAAGAAAAGAUGAUGGCUGAUGCCGAUGUUGGAGUUGAAGCAGAGGGAUCUUCAUCCACAUUCAACCAGCCAGGAGGAUUAAACUGUGGCUCCUUUGAGCUUUGUGAAGCUGCAGGGUCACCUGGCUCAGAAAGGAAAGAGAGUUGUGAUCCUGAUGAUGAACGUGGUCCUUCUACUGAGAACACUGAGCGCACUAAGACCAGGGACACCACUGACCCGUAUGGAUCUGGAAGCUUAGAUUACGUGUCGGACUCGCAGCUGAACACGAUUGUACUGAUUGAGGAGGUGUUGAUGGAGAAGGAGGCAGAUGCUGGUUCCUCAGACUGUCAUGAAGAUGCCACAGACCUGAUCUGUGGGCUCAUCAGAGAACUCUCCUCUCUAAAUCGAAAGGUCAUGGCCACACAUAGGGAGCUGGAGAACCUACGACGUGGCAGUAAAACUCCAAGGAGCUCCAACCGUUGAGAUACCCGCCGUCCUGAGUUUACUGUUGCCCCACUGGUUCAUGGGUAAUGAAGGCACUUGUGGCCUGAUACAAACCUUUAAUAUUUCAUUAUGAAUCUAUUGGAAUGUUGAGUUUAAUGGCUUUGAUGUUUUGGUUCUCCCAAAUUAAAGCUUGCUGUUGUCUAUUAAGUCAGUAAUCUGA